AACGCUUCUUAACCUACUACUUUAACUAACUGUGUUACUACUUUCGUUAAUGUCCAGACAACAUAGCUUUACACUCUUUAGCUUGAGCAGUUGUCUGAGAAACCAACGCCCAGUUGUCCGCCUCCAGUUGGAUAGGUUGCUAGCUAGCUAGCUGUUAGCCUCGGCUUCGGUAGCAGGCUGCAUAACGGGAGUGUCAUUUCCUGUCCAUAGUUCUUUUGCAAAGUAUUUAGUUAAACGUUUGACCGCGGAUUUUCGUUAAUAUUUCCCCAAGCUCACGCUGAAAUCAUAGUUAUAUUCGAGUGUUGUGUUAAAUCUUUCAUUUGGAUACUCACAAGCUAAGCUACUGUAUUGAAAUGCUCACGUUAAUGCUCACGUUAAUGCUAGCUUGUUUAAAACUAGGGGGAAAUGUGUCGGGGCUUGCAUGUGUCGUUACUGAAUGCGAGCUGUAAUUGCUUAGUUUUUGACCUUUUGAUAUGAAAACGAAGUUAAAUGUUCUGUUAUCCAGAGAUCUGUGUCUGAAGGUUUUCACCGCAUGUGUUCAUGAAUAAACUAAAAACGAUUUCUUAUGCUUCUGCAUCAGAUGGGGUAUGCAUUGAUCAGUAAUGUGAUUAAACAGCCAACAUUUUAGCCAUUUAAUGGAGGUUAAAGGUUGAAGAUUUGAUCAAUUGGGGGUGGGGGCUGCGAUCUAUUGCCCUUUACAGUGUAACAAUAUUAUCUAUUACCCCAGAGUUUACGUUUUUACGUUUUAAGUUUUAUUGUUACUGGUCUUGGACCAUCACAUUAGUGGUUUAUUACUAGACAGCUCUUUUAAAUAUGCACAAGACAAUUGUAGCUUACUCCUGCACCUCCCACCACUUCCUUUAGCAAACCUAUUACACGUUGCCAGAACAGGAAACAGACAGCUGUCAUUUUAAAAUUCCAGCUCUUAUAUUUUUUUGUUCAGUCCUUUUUUAGAUUUAAAGUUUAGCUGGGCUAGAAUGGUGAUGGUAUGCUAAAGUAAUAGCAAAAUCCAACAUGUAGCUCACAAACCAAAGCAGUAUAAUGUCACUGAGAUUGAACUGCAUAUGCUGUAGGCAAAUCAGCAGAAGUCAUAGCGUCACACAGAAGUCAUGUGGGGUACUGUUGAUAGGGAGGAGAGACUCCUAUGCAAAGAGGCAGAAAUUCUCUCCUAUCCACAGGCGGAGAGAAAAAGCAGCAAGUAAUGUUCUCUGCAAAAUGGAGGAUGGUCUUUGCUUAAUGGUGCUACUGACAUUAAAGUAGCAAGUGGAGUGGAAUAUGUGUUGGUACAGUAGCUCAGAUCAUGAAUCAUUUUGCCCCAGGCUUUACUGCUUGGGAAACUGAAUCUGGAGACAGAAUGGUUUGUUUGUCUGAUGGCCAGAGAUUGAUUCUCUGUUUCUAUUGUUUUGUGCUUUCCCUUUAAUUUGUAACCCUGAAAAUGCUGGCUGUGGCUCUUCCUACACAUUGGGACUGCAUCUCUGUGAUCUACAAUACAUAGCUCAACAAAAGAAUCUUGAAGGAUAUGUUGGCUUUGCAAGCCUUCCCAAUCAAGUGUACAGAAAAUCUGUCAAGAGGGGCUUCGAGUUCACCCUGAUGGUUGUUGGUGAAUCCGGUUUGGGUAAAUCCACGUUGAUCAACUCUCUGUUCCUAACAGACCUGUAUUCAGGAGAAUAUCCUGGACCUUCACAUCGAAUCAAAAAGACUGUACAGGUGGAGCAGUCCAAAGUUCUAAUAAAGGAAGGUGGUGUCCAACUGCUGCUCACAAUUGUUGACACCCCAGGGUUCGGAGAUGCUGUUGACAACAGUAACUGCUGGCAACCAAUCAUCGACCACAUAGACAGCAAGUUUGAAGAUUACCUGAACUCAGAAUCACGAGUGAAUAGAAGACAGAUGCCUGAUAGCCGAAUCCACUGCUGCCUAUACUUCAUUGCUCCUUCUGGACACGGGCUGAAGCCGCUGGACAUCGAGUUCAUGAAACGGUUGCAUGAGAAAGUUAAUGUCAUCCCACUGAUCGCCAAAGCAGACACCCUCACUCCAGAGGAAUGCCAACAGUUCAAGAAGCAGAUCAUGCGGGAAAUCCAAGAGCAUAAAAUCAAGAUCUACGAGUUUCCUGAGACAGACGAUGAAGAGGAGAACAGGCUGGUGAAGAAAAUAAAGGACCAGUUGCCACUGGCUGUAGUAGGAAGCAAUACCAUCAUUGAGGUGAAUGGCAAGAGGGUCAGAGGUAGACAAUACCCCUGGGGGGUUGCAGAAGUUGAAAACAGUGAUCACUGCGAUUUCACCAUCCUCAGGGACAUGCUCAUCAGAACUCACAUGCAGGACCUGAAGGACGUGACAAACAACGUCCACUAUGAAAACUACCGCAGCAGGAAGCUGGCUGCUGUGACUUACAACGGCGUGGACAACAACCGGGCUAAAGGGCAACUGUCAACCAAACCUGAUACGGUUGAAGGAAUGAGUCCUCUGGCCCAGAUGGAGGAGGAGAGGCGAGAGCACGUGGCUAAGAUGAAGAAGAUGGAGAUGGAAAUGGAGCAGGUAUUUGAGAUGAAAGUCAAGGAGAAGGUGCAGAAGCUCAAAGACUCAGAAGCUGAGCUUCAGCGACGUCAUGAGCAGAUGAAGAAGAAUCUGGAGGCUCAACACAAGGAGCUGGAGGAGAAGAGACGUGUGUUUGAGGAGGAGCGAGCCAACUGGGAGGCCCAGCAGCGCCUGGAGCAGCAGAAGCUGGAGGCCUCCAGAACUCUGGAGAAAAACAAAAAGAAAGGCAAGAUUUUCUAAAGCCCAUCAGCAGGAUCACCCCAACUCCAGUUGUCUUAGUUUGCCAAUGCUGCCGGUCGGGACCCAAGUGUGUGGCACUGACGUCACCCAGUCCCACUUUCCUUUCCCCUCCUCCCCAUUCUCUCCCCUCCCCCCUACUCCUCUUCUGUCCCUGUUCUGUGCCAACGCAUCUGUGCUCCUGCUCCCAGCCACUAGAGGGGGUACUGAGGGAAUUUUGGGGGUUAUGUGGGGCGGUGGGUGGUGGUCUGCAUGUAGGUUCAGAACCACCAUAGCCCAGCCCCUUGUCUCCCUCGGGACUUGUCAUGAUUAUCAUUCUUUUAUCAUGUGUUUACCUUAACACAAAAAUAACCCCAUUUUAGAAAAGGCCAAACACACGAUUAUUAUAAUUUUUAAUUAUUAUUAUUGUUGUUGUUGUUGUUAUAACUGAAUACUGUCCCCGCCCUACCUGCUGCUCUAUCAUUUCUUCCCCAAGGUUGCUUUUAAAUGACAGACGUGUACAUUUUUAUGGAGAACAUAGUGGGAAAAAGUACCUGUGAGUCACGUUUGACCGUUGUACAAUCAAGUUCUGGUGAAUUUUAUUUGUUUACAGGGCAAAGUGAAAAAGCAGUAUAUGAAUAUUAUCCUGAUCUUCUGUUGUAUAGUAAAGGAAGAGGAGGGCAAGGCAUUACCUGAUCCUUUUAUUCUGAGUGUACCUGCUAAACUUUGAACCCUCCUCGUCAGUCAGCCUCAAAUGAUAGGUGUCGAUAUGAAAAGCUGAAAGUGAGAAAAUCAAUAAAAAUGCACCUUGGGCCUUUAUAUAGUUUUAAAAUAUUUUAAAAUCUUUUUUUCCCAUAAAUGUAAUGCUUUCUUUACCCCAUGCGUUUAGCUAUCUCCACUAGCCUUGGACCACCAUUUAUAACAUGAGUGUUAUAUUUCACUUUUAGUUUAUUUUUAUAUAUACCGAGCCAGCUGUAGUAAUAACUUCUUUUGUAUGUCAGAUACUCGACAGCAGCUUUCGCUGAAACAGUUUCACACAGACGUCAUGGACGAGUUAACGGAAAGCAUUUUGCUCUGUCUGCAGACAUUAUUGGGCAAUGAAGAGUCAACACCACAGUUUGCUUUGGCUAUGUACUCCAUCUCUGUAUUUUUAAAUUUAUUUUUCAUUUGUAUUGUACAAAGUCACUUAAUAAACCUGUGAUGAUA